AUGGACAUCGUCUCGCGCGGGGUCGGCGCGGCCGGUGAAGUCGCCCUCGCUCAAGUGGCGGGGGCGAGGAUCGGCGGCCAGUCCGGGACCUCCGACGCCUGGGUGGCGUACAAGCGGAACGUCGCGGGCAUCUUCGAGAGAUUUCGCGACGAGAUCUACCCCAACGUGGGAGUCCUCGUGGGGGCGACGCGCGGGGGGGGGACGCACACGUCGUUGAUCUCUGUGGAGGACGCGACGAGUCGGGCGCUCUGGGAGACCUUCGCCACCUGGCUCUUCGAGGGGUACAAGAUUCCCUCAGGUAAGAGGGGUGCGGGCGACGGUGUCGCCAUCGAGACCGCCCAGAACUACCUGAAGUGCGCGUUUAAUCUCGCGCGCGAAGUCCACCCGAGGACUGACUUCUUCAAGUGUCUGGACAAGGAAGAGGACAAUCUCCGGAACGAGGACCGCGUGUGGUACUUGAACUUGCGCGAGAACAUGUGGAAGCACUUCUUCGCGCGUGCGGUGGAGCAGGGCGACAAGAUUGACGAGUCCGCUCCUGAGAUUGGCCUCGUGCACGUUCAGGCGAUGGUGAGAGCCUACUCGCUUUACGCCACCGCGAACGCCGCGGGCGCCCGCGCGCGCGAUGGGCACGCGCGGAAGUUCAGCAUCCUCUCCCUGUGGCACGUCGCCGGGCGUAGCGGCGAGAUCGGCUUCUUGUCAUACAAGAAGCUGGAUUGGGACGAAGAGCUCCAGUGUGUCCACGUGGAGGUGGCGCAGAUGAAGACAACGAAGACGAAGAGGCUCGUCUUUUCGGCGGGCGCGAACCGGCACAUUUGCUGGUUCACCGCGCUGGGCGACCGACUCGCGACCGAGAGCCGCGAGGCGUGGUACGAGGCCAACGAAGAGUACCACUGGUUGUUCCCCGACCUGACCGGUACGACGACCCCCGGGCACCGCAUCGGCGAGUACAUGAAGGCGCUGCUCCCGCACGGCGUGGCGGGCUCAUCUAAGAAGAAGGAGUUCGAGCGUUACGUCGUCGAGUCGCUGCCGGAGAACGUGAGCGCCGCGAGCAUCCGCACGGGCGCCGCGAACAAGCUGCACAUGCACAUGCCGGAGGAAUUCGCGUGUACGACGACGGGUCACCAUCUGCAGUCGACUGCCCACCAGCAGUACAUCAACGCGACGACAGCGAACUGCAUGCCGGGUGCUGUUGUCCUGGCGGGCUUCCCGGCGUUCGGGUGGGGACAAAGCGGGGAGUGCGCGAAGCCGCCGUCGCUCGCGGCGCUCGACGACGAGCCACUGGUCCGGGGGUUGACGUUCGACAAGAUCAUCGACGAGCUGUACCGGGUGAGCUCCUUUAGCCCCGAGGUGCUGCAGGUUGGCGGCAGAUUGCGUCAAGCUGUCCGUGCGGCAUUCGCAAGCCAGGUGAUGUACUACGAGGAGCGCGUCAAGGCGCGCGAGUGUAGCGACGUGUUGAAGGCGAUGCGAGAGGUCCUCGUGCGAGUGCAUCUUGUCGGACCUGAUCCGACGGCGGCACAUGGUACCCUCAUCCGGUGGGGGGAGCUCCUGCGCGUGCGGUUCGACACGGUGAACAUGUCGCUCACCAUGCGGGAGACGGCGAGUCAGCAGGAGCAGACGGUGCUCGCCCUCACCAAGCUGCGGAACGAGAUAGAGGCGUCUCGGGCGGAGACUGCACGGCUCGUCGCUGAGGUGGCGACGAUGAAAUCAGGCAUGGCGCAGCUGGCAGAGAGCAUGGCGUCGGUGGGCGGCGGGUUCAAUGAGCUCUCGAAACUGGUGACCUCCCGGGUGACUGGCGUCGCCGCGCGCGCGCGGCCCGAGGCACCGGCGUCUGACGCGGCGGGGGAGGAUGGAAUGCGCGCGGACGAGAGUGCGGCGGUGCCCGGCGCGGAGAUGGUGGUGGCAGCGCCGCAGGUCGGGGUCGUCAGCCCGCGUGGCGCUGGCGCCGGGGCAGCGGCGCAGCCGAACGCAAUCGACGUGCUCAUGGCACAUGCGGAUGCCGCGGCGAGCGCCCCCUCGGGCACCGCCGGGAUGCAGGCCAGAGAGCUCGUUCAAAACGCGUGGGUAGGGAACGGGAGAGGGCGCCGCGUGGAGCCGACUCUCGGGAAGCAGGCCAAGCAUAACGCGUCGCUGGCGCUGGCGGUGUACAACGCCGUGAUGACGCCUGGUGAAAAGAAGUUGCUCAACCGCCCCCUGACUGGGCAGCAGCGUCAGGACGUCUUGGCUGAAGGGAGAGCGAUCGUGAACGAGGUGGAGGAAAGGGUCGUGGAGAUGCUCAAGGAGUGGUACACCGAGCUCGAGAAGCCGCUGCGCGCUUUUCUGUUGCCACCGAAGGAUAAGAGAACGAAGAAGAUGAAGAGGUCGAACGGCACCAGCGGCCCCGCAGCGGCAGGGAGGCAGCCGCUCAUGGUGAACUCCAUGGAUGUGCUGAAGCGCGACCUGGGAGACAAAAUCGCGUCGGGGCCGGCGCAAGCUUGGUGGGCGGCGCGCACGGGGUCGUCGCCCGCCGUGCUGACCGAGGGGGGGGAGCCCGCCGCAGCUCUCCCCGCGCCCGACGAGCGCGAGGUCGAGCAGCCCUCCUCCCCGGCGAGCGCCUGGGUGACCAUCACAAGUCCCAUCGCAUCCUUCUUCGCAAAGCGGGAGUGACGCGACGCCGCGCGCUCGGACGCGCCUGUAUCGGAUCGCCGAGUGGAGCGUGCCUUCCCGGAAUCGCGGCCGACAUCCGUCACGCGUGCGUCUAGCGAUCCGCGACCUUUAAUUUAUGACGUUAUUACAGUGU